GAUCAUGACAUCCGUGAGUGAGACCUGUGAAGUUGUCUUUCAGCUCCAGGACAUCAUCACACAUGGACGGACUCUACGUUCUUCUGGUUGUUUUCUCAGGAAUUGUUUCCUGCAGUCAUAAUUUGGUUUCUGGAUCAGUGUUGGAGGUGACAGCCAGACCUGGAGACAACAUCACUCUCUACUGUGACUGCAAAGUGUCAAUGGGAGUAUACAUAGUGUGGAUCAGGAACUGUUCCCAUGAGAACCAACCUUCCCUUGUUCUAAGGGGAAAUGAUGUUUAUCGGUUGGAAUCCCUUCAUUUUGAAUUUGUGAAGAACGAUUCUUCUGAUUCCUUUGAUUUGCUGAUCAAGAACAUCACUAAUGCUGAUGAGGGCCUCUAUUACUGUGGAACUGAGGAGCUGAAUGUGGAGAACAACCAGGAACGCAUUACUUCCACAUAUGUUUAUAGAUAUAGCAACAUGACAACAAGGAUCAUACUCAACUCCACCGAUCCUAAUGACUGUAACUCCACUGCUCCUCGUCACUAUGAGAAGCCAGAACUCUGCAGUGUGUGUUGGACGCUGCUGUUCUCUUUGUCUUCAGCCUUCAUCGUCCUCUCCUCUCUUUUGGUUUGUUUUCCAUGUCAGACAACAGCUAAAGAUCCUCAAGAUGAUGACAGAAACUCCCACACCGAAGGUCAAAUGCAACGCAUUCUGGAUGAAGACGUGUAUUAUGCUGCGUUGGGAAUCCAUCAGGCGACACAGCAACCAAAGAGGAAGACAAACUUUAGCUCUGAGUUAACGUUCUGCACCUUCUCUGCCGUCAGAACUUUGAGGGGACGACGGACCUAACAAUGUAAUAUCAGAAAGAAUAUAGUGAAGUGAUAAGAAGUGAUAUGUAGAAGGCAAGAUGUUAAGACUCCCUGUAUUUUUCUGCUUUGCGUAUUAAUCCUGUUUUCAUUGAUUUCAAUUGUGUACUUACAUUUCCAUAUAUACCAUGACAAUAUUCUUCAAAUUGUAUGUAACACCAAUAAAAGCUGAA